AUAUGGUUUUGUUGUUAGUUUUGUUUCACAGCCCUAUAAUAGUACACACGAUGCUCUUAAAAUUUUUGAUACUUUUAGUUUUUGUUUCCUUUGGAUCAUCUCAAAUAUUGCCCAACCCUUUGGAAUUUCUAGAUGGCAUCUUCAAAAAUGCGCCCAGAGCGGCCCAAACUUUAUUGAAUCCUGCUAAACUUUUGGGCGAUGCUAUCAAAGAUGGUCCAAAGCCCCCUUUUCCAAGAAUACCAACACCAAACGAAUUUUUGGAAAACUUGUUCAAUGAAACAACAAGCGAAAUCUUGACAAUGACAAAAAACUUCUAUUUCCGAGACGUUAGAACGCAAGAUCUAAACUUCUUGUUGCACAACAAAAAUGGCUCAUACGACAAAAUCGACGAAGAUUCCGUGAACAAAAUUAACGCUAAAGAACCAAUUAAAAUUAUAAUUCAUGGUUGGCAAAGUGAAGGGGACGCAUCCUUUAUUAAAAGAUUUGUCAACUCGUAUGCAAAAAUUGGUAUCACCAACGUACUUUCACUGGAUUGGACAAAACACUCCAAAAAAAACUACAUACAUGCGGCAAGCAGUACCAUGAAUAUUGGCAAGAUUUUAGGUGACUUUAUUUUAAAAAUAGUCAACAAAGAUGAGAAGCUUUUAAAAAAUAUUCAUCUGAUUGGCCACUCAUUAGGUGCACAUAUUGCGGGGUUCGCUGGCAAACGCGUGAAAAAGGAGCUGAAAACGAAAGUGGGCCGCAUUACGGCUUUGGAUUCGGCGGCGCCGAUAUUUGAGUUUCCGAUAAAAAUGCUGCCGGAACUGAGACUAUCUGGAGACGAUGCGGAUUAUGUGGACGGUAUUCACACCAACGCCGGAUUUUUCGGAUUCCUCGGUCCGGUCGGAACGGCGGAUUUUUACAUCAACAAUGGCGGACCCCUACAACCAGGAUGUCUGGAGGUGAACAUCGUGGACACAUUUUUCUGCAGUCAUUCUAUGUCCCAUGAUAUAUUCAUUGAGUCCAUAACGACGAAAAGGAUGAAAGCAACUGCAUGCCCCAACGUGGCCCUGUUCCGUACUAGAUUGUGCGACUUGAAUGUCAAAGUGGUAAUGGGAGAACAUGCUUCCACAAAGGCAGAUGGAACGUUUUUCUUUGAUAAAUAAAUUGUUACGCAGUUACAUGAGAAACAUGUCCUAACAUAAUAAAGCUUAUUUUUUAAAUACA